AUGCCCGCCUCGCAGGUCAAGUCGUCAGAUCAGAUCGACAAAUGCCGUGGGGUCGAGGUUAUCCUCGCUGCGUCCAUCUGCACCCGGGGUGGCAAGGCCGUCCUGGCCCGGGCAUUCCACGACAUCAAGAGGACGCGCAUCGAGGCGCUCCUCGCCUCCUUCCCCAAGGCGGCAGACUCGGGGACACAGCACACAACCGUCGAGCAGGACAAUGUUCGAUUCGUCUACCAGCCCCUGGACGAGCUCUACAUGGUGCUCAUCACCAACAAGCAGUCCAACAUCCUCCAGGACAUUGACUCGCUCCACCUGUUUGCCCAGGUCGUGAGCAGCAUUUGCAAGAGCUUGGAAGAGCGCGAGAUUCUCAAAAAUGCCUACGAGCUCCUCAGUGCCUUUGACGAGCUAGUCACGCUCGGGUACCGGGAGAACCUCUCCAUCAGCCAUAUCAAGACGUUCCUGGAGAUGGAGAGCCACGAGGAGCGCAUCCAAGAGAUUAUUGCUCGGAACAAGGAGCUUGAGGCCACCGAAGAGCGCAAGAGAAAGGCCAAGCAGUUGGAAAUGCAACGCAAAGAGACGUCGAGAAGCGGCCGCGGCGGCAUGCCUCGAACGCCAGUAUACCCAACAUACACGGCCCCAGUUCGCCCACAAGUUACCGAGACCUUUGACAGCUACGAGGCCGAGAAGAACAAGUCCAAGUUCGUCGCGCCCAAGGGCAAGGGUAUGCAGCUGGGCAAGAAGUCCAAGACAACAGACAUGUUUGAGCGCGUGCGGGGGGACCUUGGUCACGAAGCGGAAGAAGCUCCUCUUGUGCCUGUUGCUGCUCCGGUAACUGCCGCCGAGCCUGCCGCCGCGCCGCGGGCGUCGAUCACAUUAGACCGCGAUGCGAUCCAUGUAACCAUCAACGAAGCCAUUACCGCCAAGCUGUCGAGGGAAGGCGGGCUCAACUCGUUUUCCAUCAGCGGAGACCUGACGCUGCGUGUCACCGAUCCUUCGCUCACCAAGAUCAAGCUCAAGCUCAACGCGACGCCGUCGCAUGGCGCCCAGUUCCGAACCCACCCCAACGUCGACAAGAACGUGUUCAACACUACCAAAGGCAUCCAGAUGGCAAACCAAUCAAAAGGAUUCCCGGUCAACAAUGCCGUGGGCGUUCUCCGUUGGCGAGCCACGCUCAAGGCGGACGACACAAGCGCGUUGCCCAUCACGUUCACCGUCUGGGUCAAUAAGGGCGCCGAGGGCAACUGCACAUUGACGAUCGAGUACGAGCUGAUGGGCGGGGAUGCCUUAAACGACGUAGGCGUUGUUAUCCCGUUCUCAACAGCAGAGCCCACGGUUUCGAGCUUUGAUGCCGCGUAUGAAGUCUCCGGGGACAGCCUGGAGUGGUCGAUUGGCACAGUGAGCGACGAGAACCCCAGCGGUGCCUUCGAAUUUGAGGCGCAGACAGACGACGAGAAUGAAUUCUUCCCGAUGCACGUUCGCUUUUCAAAGGCGUCGCCAUUUGUGGAUGUGGAUGUCCAAUCUAUAACAUUGACCGAGAUGAACGAGGAGGUGACCUUUUCCAAGGAGAUCAAGUCGGUAGCAGAGUCGUUUGUAAUCGAGUAG